CCGGAAGCUGUCAAUAAAGUUGUUGUGGUGCCCGGGGUGUCCUUGUAUCAUGGCGGAUUACCGGGAGGCUCCGCUGUCAAGCCGACCUCAGACCCUCGAGCCCAGCUAUUACGGGCUGAACCCGGAGCAGAAGCAGGCGGCGGAGGAGAGGCUGGCGCUGAGGGCAAACCUGAAGAGGCAAUACCAGCUGCAGCUCAAUGACCCCCACAGGAAGACCUUAAUAGAUGAUCCAGCCCUGAACCGUUGGAUGUUUGCUCGGAACCGGAAUAUAUACCCUAACUUCAGGGCUACUCCCAAGACGUCCCUGAUGGGCCUGUUCUGGGGAAUCGGACCUCUCUUCUUCUGGUACUACGUCUUCAAAACAGAUCGGGAUCGCAAGGAAAAACUGAUCCAGGAAGGAAAGCUGGAGCGGCCAUUCCAGUUGUCCUAUUGAUUUGGCUUCGCGACCGAUCAGGACUGUAUAAAGCGUGCAAAAGGUUUCCUCGAGAUAAUAAAAUGUAAACUUAUUCCAUUUAA